AUGCGCACUCUACUUAUUGAUAUCCCGCUUGGGUCCACCUCACCCGGCACCUCACCCGGCAGGUCAUCAUCCCAGUCACCGCCCAAGUCACCCGCUGAAAGUGCCUCUCUGUCACCAACUGAGCUUCCAUAUUUGUCUAUCUCGCCCGCCAAUUCGUCCCGCGAGUCGCUCACCGAAUCAUCCCCCCAGAGUGCUUCCCUGUCACUAAUUGAGGGCUUGCCUAGGCCCACCUCUCCCGCCAAGUCGCCCACCGAACCGCUUGUCAAGUCACUCUCGCAGAAUGCCCCCUUACCAAUAUUUACCGUUCCUCUGGGCUGGACCACAAAUCCUGUAUCCACCGUUUACAAAGAAGAGUGGGAGGGACAGAUCAUGGCUCGGUGCUAUGUUCUUGAACCCAGAAAUCCGAUAAUGGAGGAUGACAAUGCCUACACAACAAUUUUUCAAUCUGGCGACAAGUUAUAUCUCUGGGAGCGGAUGUGCGACGAUCUUUAUGAAAUAUCCUGUCGGGAUAUACGCGAGCUUGCUCUUACCAUUUCCGAUACAAAACUUAGGGAGCUACAUAGGGAGCUUAUCUUCACGGUUCUCGAUUUUCCAAAUUGA